GAGUAGAGAGUAGAGAGUAGGCAGGCAGGCAGGCGAAUACGAAUGGAAGGCAUAGCAACGUUUAUAACGUCGAGUAGAACUGUAGUACAGAGAGCCAGCGGAGCCGAGGCUCGAGGAGGUUUGAGCACCGCGAGCUCACUCAGUCGGCCGCCAUGAGCCACUCGCGUUUCCCUAGUUGCUGCUACGCUCUUACUCCUUCAUUUACACACGCGACUACCUACUACACGUCUUUUCAUUACAUCCAUUUCUACUUAAACACUUUUCAUUGACUAUUUUUUAUUUCGUUACUCAUUGACAUUAUUUUUAUUUUUUUUUUUUUUGCCUACCGAACUGUCAUUUCACCUGUGUCGGGAUUUAAAAAAUAAAUGCUAUGAAAAAUUUAUGAAAGUUUAUCACCCGCAGGUGAUAAUUACUAGUGACAUGCAGAUUGUGCUUUUUAUGGAGUUAAUGAUAAUUGUUAACUGUGAUUGUUUUACAACUUACGUAAAUAAUUAAAUGCGCGCAAGUUUUGAUAAAUUGUCGCGAUAAUAAAAGGGCGGUUUUUUUUUAAAUUUCUUUUAUUUUUUAAACUGAUUUUUAAAUAUUUUUAAGUGGUGUAAUAGUGCAACACUGCUAUAAAUAAUAAUAAUAUUAAUAAUAGGAGUGUAUACAACUGGUUGUUAUGUUGUUUGUUGUUAUAUUGUUGUAUGAAGUAAGUGCCUGAAAUAUUACUUGAUGGAUAUUGCAGUUAAACGGUCUCGUUAUCUACUCGUCUAGGUACACUGGCGACGGAUAAAAGAUUCCUCAGGAAAAGUAAAAAAAUAAUAAAAAUAAGGAGGUAUAAAACAAAAGUCGAGGAAAGGAAUGCGUGAGAUGAAAUUAGUGGCUGGAUAACGUGGCGGCGACUUUUUGCUCGGUGGGGCCGGAGAGAUGAGGCGAGAUUCCUUUUUGGUGCUUUUGAUGUUUUGCAUAGGCCCGCUGCUUCUCUUACAUGCUGGCUUAGUCUUUGCGACAACGUUGGAUCACGAUGUUAAUGUUGCAGAGUCAAAUGCAGCACUCGGACUCGGAGCAGUCGGGAGAGGAGGCAUAGGAGCUGCCGCGAUGACUGCAUCUGGUAUGAUGCCCGAUGAAGAUUCCGAGGAUCAAGACAAUGAGGAUGUGGAUGAGGAGGACGAGGAGGAAGAGGGGGAAGAGGGAGAGAGAGACACUGGUACUAAUGACGACUCGUACUUGCUUGGUGAGGACGAAGACGAUCCGCCUCUGGCGACGAUCGCGGGCGGGGGCAGCAGCAUCUCCAGCAAUUCCAAUCCCAAUGGCAACACCAACGGCAACGGCAACAGCAACGGUGGCGGCGGUGGAACCGGCAACAGCGGUAGCGUAGGAGAUACCGAACUAAUCUCUGAAACGGGCGGGCAUCUGCCUGUCUUCUUAAUGGAACCCCUGGAUGCCUUUGUCGUUAAAAACAAACCGGCGACUCUGCGCUGUAAGGCCGCCCACGCGCUACAGCUUUACUUUCGCUGCAACGGCCACCGCGCAGAGGAGUCUCAUCAAACUGAUUUCGUGGACCCACACACUGGCACACGCAUCGUUGACUCGGAAUUAAAUAUCACCCGAGAUCAUAUCGAGGAAUACUUCGGCAAAGAUAAAUUCAAGUGCGAGUGCAUCGCCUGGGCCGGUUCUGGGUCCAUCAAGAGCCAACCGGCAGUUGUCGAUGUUGCAUAUCUGAAAAAGCAAUUCGAGUCCCCGCCGUACUCCGUGUCGGUCGAAGCCGGGCAGAGCACCGAGCUCAGAUGUAUACCACCCACCGGGGUGCCGUCUCCGCGAGUCUACUGGCUGAGGAAUGGAGCGCCAAUCACGACCGGCUCGGAUGCCGACGCGGCUCUUCUUGUUUCAAGCGAGGGCCAUCUUCUCUUGGGUCAAGCCAAGAUCACUCACCAGGCCAAUUAUACCUGCGUUGCUGAGAACAUUGCCGCAAAACGUCUCAGCGCCCCAGCGACCAUCACUGUUUACGUUAAUGGCGGCUGGUCCGCCUGGUCUGCCUGGUCCGAGUGUCACUCACGUUGUGCCAAAGGCGGUCAAAAACGUACGAGAACCUGCACCAAUCCAGCGCCCAUUAACGACGGACAGCCGUGCCUCGGUCCCGCAGUCCAAAAGAUGGAUUGCAAUGCCGCAUGUCCUGACCGGGUCUCGCAGGGAACAGCCAUCGAGACAGCCGUAGACGGUGGAUGGUCCAGAUGGUCCGCUUGGUCGGUCUGCGGGAGCGACUGCACUCAUACGCGCACAAGGACCUGUGAUGAACCCACUCCAGCUCAUGGUGGUCGUCAUUGUCAAGGAAGGGACACUGCCGUCGCCAAUUGUACCGGGGGAUUGUGUAAUGUGGACAGAGGAAAAAUGGGAGGCGUACAAUUUACCACGACCACGACUACACAGAAAGCGGCUAAUCGGCGAAUGGACGUGGCGCUGUAUGUUGGACUCGCGCUCGCCUGCGCUUUUGGCGGCGGGCUUGCACUUCUUUUAAUCAGACUUGUAAGGCGAAAAGGCCGAGACCACGCUCUUUACUCUAUGGCACGUAAUGCAGAUUUCCAGCCGGAGUACUUUCCAGAACACGAUAAGAAAAUGUGUCUCCAGCCGGAUCUAACAGCGGGAACAACAGUCCAAGCCUCCUACGAGUAUCCCUUCGAUCCCAAGCUAUCUCUGUCCCGUUCUCUCUCGGAGCACCACUACGACGUGCCACAUCUUUCGAUAGCGCUCACUCAACAGCAACAGCAACAGCAGCAGCAACAACAGCAACAGCAACAGCUUCACCAUCACCAGCAACACCCGUCACCGUCAGUGUCAUCGCCCAGCCCGAGCGUUCUCAGCAGCCAGGAGUCCUGCAGCGGUGCCGGGGGUCCCGGUGCCAACGCUGACAAGCAAAUUUAUUCCGGCAGUGAAAACAGCGGUACAAGCGUCGCCAGUUGUUCCUCUUAUCCGUCCUCGGACUCGACGACGACGACGUACAACGUUGCCUCUGAACGCGUGAGACUCGCGGCCGCCAAGCUGGAGCAAACCGGCAACGUGGCGAGGGCCGCGGUCAACGCACGGGGUGCGCUUCUGGUUCUUCCGGACUCUGGGGUGUCUCUCUCGGUCCCGGAGGGCGCAAUUUCAAAGGCCCAAGGACGCCGACAACUCGACCUAUCUGUUCUCGAUGAGGACAGGUUCCGUCCUCGAUUGCCAGAGGGCAUGACUCAACUGUCCGCGGCGAUCUACUGUGGCCCACCUGCUGUCACCUUUGACAAGCCCGUGAUCCUGCAAUUCGAGCACGCAGCAAUGCUGCACCCUGCGGGCACGUGGGAACUGAGUAUCUGGGCGUCAGACGACCAGCCUGAUGGGCCAGCUGACGAGGAAAACGACGUGAACCAGGACAGCAAGGGCCUGAUCCACCACCAGCACCAUACGGCGGCUGACUCAAGUGCCGACAAGCUAAAGCCAGUCACGUGGACAAAAGUGCUGACUCUGGGUAGCGAGACAAUAAACACACCGCUUUUUACCCAGCUUGAUCAUUCCGAGGCCUUUAUUGUCACCGAGCAGCUGCGCAGCUACGUCCUGGUGGGCUCAAGUGCCGAGGACUCAAUAGCCGCGAAACGGCUUCGCGUUGUUUUGUACGCGAGUCAAUACUGUGUGCGUGUUUAUGUGAUCGAGGACACCAAAGCCGCGAUGAAAAUAAUCGCGGACCGCGAGACUCAGAUACGUGGGUAUCUGCUGGACAAACCGCGUCCGCUGUUGUUUCGCGACAGUGGUGAAAAUCUUUGGGUGAGCUUAGAGCAAGUUGGUAACGAGUGGCAGAGUAAAUCUCCCACCGAGCACCAGGAAAUAGCUUUUCCAGAUAUCUGGAACUGUCCGAGUAAUUCGAGUCAUGUCGCUUUCACGUUAGACGAAAGUUUUGACGCGGUUACGACAACCAAAAGUUACAAACUUCAGGUAUGUCAGGGCCGAACCUCUGACGCCCAGAGGCAGGUAUUUCGUAUUGUGUACGAUGUUAUUAAACAACGUGUAUUUUCGGGUAGUGUUACACGUCCGUUGCGCGAAGUCACCGUUGUCAGCAGUGUUGGUGCCAAUAAUAUUACGUCUACAGACUCAUCUGCCCGCGGGCCAUUUAGAUUCACAAGAUCGCUCAGGAAACAACUUUGCCAGUGUCUCGAUCCACCGAACGCACUUGGCAAUGACUGGAGAAUGCUCGCUCAGAGAUUACAAGUUGACAGAUACAUCAAUUACUUCGCCACAAAAGCCAGCCCCACUGAGCACAUUCUGGAUCUCUGGGAGGCACGACAUCGCGAGGCAAGCGCAGUUACCGAUCUACUUAACCAUUUACGUACAAUGGGAAGAACCGAUGCGGCGACUAUCCUCGAAGCACAAUUGGGAGCUUGGCUUUAAACUGCCAUAGACUGUUUCAUUUUUUAAAAAUCCAUUUAAUUAUUUACUCUUUUUUUACCAACCGACAAACUUUUUUUCCCCCUCUCUCUCUCUCUCUCUCUCUUUAAGCUUUUUAUUACUAAAUAGUAUAACUGUUGGCGCAUUCCGAUAGAUAGUUGUUCGCACCGUGCCAAUUAAACAAAAAGCGAUUUUAAAUAAAGUAUAGUAAUAGAAGUAAUGAUAAUAAUAGUGAUGAUAAAAAAAAAAAUCUAGUAGAAAAUACGAAUAAAAACGAUUAAAGUGAGGGAGAUUAAACACUAAGCGAAAUGAAUUUAAAAAAUAAAGAAAAAGUAAUGAAAUAAAAAUUAAAAAAAAAAAUAAACGAGUAAGCGAAUGAAAAAUUUAAAACUCGUGUGAGAUAACACGUGCCAAAUGGAAUUAAAAUAAAAUAAAAAAAUUCCGAUGGGGUCUAUCGAAACAUUGCCUUAAACUCGGUGCGGCGACACGCACUGGAUCUCAUCUCUUGCCAUCUCCCUCCUUA